CCACCACCUACGAACAGCAAGCAACAUCCUCAUGGCAGUUGAAUUCCUCCAACAACAGUCACCACCAUGACUCUCGCGAGUAUGGCCACCACCACGGCCCCCACCACGACAACAUAGAAGCCGCCGGCCACGACUACGCCUCCGACUCGGACGAGUUCUCCCUCACCGAGGGCUACGAAACCCAAUCCACCGGCAGCACAUCCGCCACCUCGUCCAUCUACGCGCACACCUACGAGCACGGCCGGCGCUACCAAUCCUACAAGAACAGCCGCUACCCCAUCCCCAACGACGAUGCCGAACUGUCGCGCGAAGACAUGAAGCACGCCAUGCUUCUUGAGCUGCUCGACGGCCAAAUCAGCUUUGCGCCCCUGGGAAAAAGUCCGCAGAAUAUCCUGGACAUCGGCACGGGGACAGGCAUCUGGGCCAUCGAUGCCGGUGAUCGAUGGCCGAUGGCGAGAGUCAGAGGGAUGGAUAUCAGUCCCGUGCAGCCGGUCUGGGUCCCGCCGAAUGUGGACUUUUUGGUCGAUGAUUGUGAGCAGGAGUGGUUGAUGAGGGGAGAGCUGGAUUAUGCGCAUUUUCGGUUCAUGGCGAUUGUGUUGAAGGAUUUGCCCGUGGUGUUGGGGCAUGCUAUGGAAGCCCUUAAACCAGGCGGCUGGAUCGAGUUCCAGGAACUAAACUGCGAAGUCUUCUGCGACGACGAUACCAUGCCCGAUGACGACCCGGUCAAGGUCCUCUAUGACUUUAGUCAAGAAGCCUUUGCCAAGUUCAACAUGAACAUUACCAUGCCCAAAAUCCUCAGGCGAUAUCUCGCCGACGCCGGGUUCGUCAAUAUCCAGUGCGUCGUCAAGAAGGUGCCCAUUGGUGUCUGGGCAAAAGACAAGACGCUGCGGCUGGUGGGCAUGUAUCAGAAGAUGGCCAUUCUGGAAAUCAUGGAGGCACUGGCGGGCAGACCGUUUGAUGCCCUGGGGUUAGAUCCGGUGCAAAGGGAGAUGAUUCUGAUGGAGGCGAGAAAGGGGUUGGAUAAUCCGAGGGUGCAUCGGUAUUUCAACUAUUAUUUCUGGUUCGCGCAAAAGCCUCUGUAGGCGGGAGACUGGGCAACGGAAAAGACGAGAGAGCAUAAUGGGAGUUCGGGUCUAAUAAGCAUUUGGGCAGUUGGCGUUUGGUUUACUACCUAUCUUGGAUCCAUCGCUUGGAGGAAGCACCUCGUCGAUAUUUACGGUUAUUUUUCUGAGAUACGUGCACAUAGACAUCGCCAGUAGGACCGGGGGAAGUAUCACGAAGAGGUCGAGGAGUCGCGACCAGCAUAAUUCACAACG